CUGAACCGAGCGCAGCAUCUCGCCGGCACGGUGAUCAUGCCCGGUAACGGAAUCGAGGAAGCUCUUAACGAGAGAACAGAGAUGGAAGAGAGAAGUUUUGAGAGCAAUACUAUGAAGGCUGACUUGGAAGCAGCGAGUGGUGGUGCUGCAAUCCACUGUCUUGAUGUGUGCCGUUCAUAUGGCAAACUUAAAGUCCUCAACAGUCUCAACCUGACACUGCCUCAGGGCCAAAUUUAUGGGCUGCUAGGGCCAAGUGGCUGUGGGAAGACCACACUGUUAAAAUGCAUUGUGGGAACUCUGAAGAUCUGUCGUGGUCACAUCACAGUGCUGGGCAAACCACCUGCAUUCCCAGGACAUGAAGUGCCAGGAAGGAUGGUGGGAUACAUGCCACAGGACAUAGCCCUAUACAAUGAGUUCACUAUUAGCAAUACACUAUGGUUUUACGGUCGAAUCCAUGGACUUUCAUCCAAAGAAACAGAAGCCAGGAUGAAUUUUCUCAUUGACUUUCUGGACCUGCCACAGAAAAACAACCUCGUCAGAAAUCUCAGCGGAGGCCAGCGCCGCCGUGUCUCUCUUGGAGCUGCUCUUCUUCAGAACCCACAACUUCUGAUCCUAGAUGAGCCCACUGUAGGAGUGGACCCUGUUCUACGGGCCAAGAUAUGGCAGCACCUGGUGGACAUUGUAAGAGGAGGACAGGUGUCUGUUAUUAUUACAACACAUUACAUUGAAGAGGCCAGGCAAGCCAAUAUGGUCGGUUUGAUGCGGAAUGGUCGAUUGUUAGCCGAAGGUCCUCCAGAUGCUGUUAUGAAGCAACACAAUGCUGUAACAUUAGAGAGUGCCUUUUUGCAACUUUGUGAGGACUCGGAUCAGAUGGGGCCCAAACAGAGUCCUCAGGGCCGUCUGCUGGACAGCAGCCCAUCUCCAGACAGUAUAAGAGAUGAGAGCCGAAUGCCCAUACUGGCAAAGAGCCCAUUAGAGGGAAUGCCUAAAUAUGAAGCUGACUGGAAGGUGCGGGCCAGACACAUCAUUCCAAAAUGGCGCAACAUCGCAGCACUGAUGAUCAAGACAAUGGUUCGAAUGAAAAGAACUCCAGGGUCCCUCUGUUUCCAGUUCCUGUUGCCUGUAAUUCAGAUCUGUCUGAUGUGUCUGUGUAUUGGUGGGGAUCCCAAAGGUAUCAAUGUGGCUGUGGUCAAUAAUGAAAGCAGCCCCAGUGCCUACAGCAAAUCACUGCUGUCCUUCCUUGACAACACAAGUGUCAACCAGGUGAACUUGUCUCAUUCAGUGGCUUUUGCUGGAAUCCAUAAUGGGGAAUAUUGGGGCGUCAUAGAGUUUGGGGAGAAUUUCACCAGCUAUCUAACCAAAAGAAUGUUACAGCCCAGAGUCACCAGAGAAGUGGUUGAGGGAGGAUCUGUGCAUGUUUGGCUGGACCUGACUAAUCGUCAGAUUGCCAUAAUGCUACAGAAAAAACUCCAUGAAGCCUUUGAGGCUUUUAUCGAGACUAAGCUGGGGAGUUUGGCAUACAUGGUUGACGUCCCUAUAAAAUUUGAAGAACCUAUAUAUGGCAGCCUGAACACAGAUUUUACAACAUUUGUGACACCAGGAGCUGUUCUGAGCAUCACCUUUUACCUGGCAGUGGGUUUGACCGCUCUGUCCUUUGUGUUAGAAAGAAAGGAGGGGCUGCUGGACAGGUGUUGGGUGGCAGGUGUAAGUUCUCUGGAGACCAUGCUGGCCCACCUCUUCUCACAGCUCUUUGUCAUCAGUGUUCAGAUCAUCCUUCUGCUGAUCUUCAUCCUGCUGGUCUUCAAAAUUCCUAACGAAGGAUCUUUGGCACUGGUCAUUUCAUUGAUUGUGCUGCAAGGUGUGACCGGAAUCUCUUUCGGACUGGUCAUUUCCUCUGCCAUUGACGAUGAGCAGUCAGCCAACCAGGCAGCUCUUGGAAUCUUCUACCCCAACCUUGUCAUUAGCGGUGUUAUCUGGCCGGUUGAGUGUAUCCCGUAUCCUCUGCGUUAUUUUAGUCUAGUCCUACCCCAGACCUAUGCAUCUGAGGCCCUGCGCUGCAUCAUGUACAGAGGUUGGGGUUUUUCCCGUAUGAUGGUUUGGCGUGGUUUUGUGGUCACUCUGGGCUGGAACACAUUCUUCCUUAUGCUGGCAACUGUUAUUCUUAAACUAAGAACAUGAGAGGCUUUGCCAAGGAAAGGGGCUUCAGAUUGGGGAUAGUGGCAUCAGGCGAUGCCCAGGCUUCUCUUGUUCUCUUGGAUAGAGGCCAAUGGGGUGUCUGCCCUGCCAAAAUGGAUGAAAAAUGAUGGACACAUGGAUCUGCCAAUCUGAGCUCUUUCUUUCUUUAAAAUGCCAUUUACCCAGGACUGGCCAAUUAGGUUGCUUCUGCCGAGGACCAUCAACAUGAGACUUCUAAACGGCUAAGAGACUUUUCUCGAACUAUUCCAGCAUUACUUCUGUCAAACAGCUAGAGCAUUUUUUACGGUUGGGACUUUCCAUACUCGUUUAUGGAUCUCUUUUUCCGCUGGUUUAUAUAAUGCCGGAUGAAUUUACUGACUAGGUUUUGUGUUCCUGAGUUCCUUUGUGCAUGUUCCAAAUGCCUUGUUUGUGCCAGAAAGCCUUGUAUAGUAUACAACCUAGUUAAACCUACAGUACAUUGCUCUGGUGUUUGCUCUACAAUUCUACAAUGUUGCCCAACCCUAUACCUUCUCAUCCUGAACAGAAAGGACAUUGAUGAGCGAGGAUUCUUUUCCGGACAUUAUAGGGAAUGGGAGUGUUUUUCCAGAUUGCUGCUUAAUCAUUGUUUUUAUGAUAAAUGUUUUUACACGUUAACAGUUAGGGUGUUAAUAAUUCACCAAAUGCCAUAAAGAAAAUGAAGGAAGAAAGACAAAGUUUACAUUUGAGCACAAACAGGUCAAAGUUAAACCUGCGAUCUUGCUGAACAGAAAACCAAUUUUGUCUAUUAUUUUAGAUCUGUUUCACUUUAUUUGAAGGCAGCACUAUCUGCAGCACAAUGCAAAGACAUAUGCUAAGUUGCAUGGAAUGGUAAGUAUAGCUUGAAUAUUUUAGUGUGCAAUACUUUAGUAGAAGAAUGUGUAAAAUUGGUCAAAUUAUGUUGGUUUUGGGUAUAAUUCUUAGGUGUGCGUAUUACAUUCCUUGUAAACUUCAAACAGUUUGUUUUGUUUACAUAUUCAACUUAAAGAUAUUUGAUGUAAAGCUUUUUCUUCAUUGGCCAGGUCCACAUGCUGGUUUGGUGUAAUUGUAAUUCUCAACACUAAAGCCAGACUGAACAAAUCUAGGCCCAACUUAACUGAGACAAGCUACUUAAAAAAGUACACUUUAAAAAUUUCAGAUUUGCGAAUUUGUUUCUAAUGUACAUUAUAUCAGAUGCCCAUAAUAACUGUAUUAUUAAGAAUUAAUUAUAACACACAUUUUAAAUUACUUAAAGGAAUAGUUAUUAAUGAAAUUAUUUUAUCAUUUACUCACCCUCAUGCCAUCCCAGAGGUGCAUGACUUUCUUUCAUCUGCAGAACACAAAGAUUUUUAGAAAAAUAUUUCAGCUCUGUAGGUCCAUACAAUGCAAGUGAAUAGUGAUCAGAACUCUGAAGGUCCAAAUAUCACAUAAAAACAUCAUAAAAGUAAUCCAUACGAUUCUUUAAUCCAUGUCUUCUGAAACAAUACAAUCGGUUUUGCGUAAGACUAAAAAGACCAAAUUAUAACAGUACAUCUUGCCAUUGCUGUCUCUAGGCACGAUCAUGAUUUCAAGCUUGAUUACACUUCCUAAUGCUUGAUACAUGUUCAGAGAGCUGGAUGGUGCUAUAUGAAGUGUAAUCUAGCUGGAAAUCAUAAUCGCCAUUGAGACUGCCGUCAAGAUGUACAGUGAAAAGGAGUUUCAAAGGCCUGGUCAUCAUUCACUUGCAUUUAAUGGCCCUACAGAAAAACAAAAUCUUAGUUUUUGUUUUGCAGAAGAAAGAAAGUCAUACUCAUCUUAAAUGGCAUGAGGGUGAGUAAAUGAUGAGAGAAUUGUCAUUUUUGGGUGAAUUGUUCCUUUAAAUUACAAUUUAAACAGCAACAUGUUAACAUUUACAAACAGUGCAAAUACUCAAAUAAAAUGAAUAGAGCAGUGUACACCUAUGUUGGCGUACUAACAUUACUAUCCCAUCAGUGCACCGGUAGUUGUGCUGAAUAAUUACUGCCCAGAAUAAACACUGGAUUUUCAUGGUAUGAUUUCAUAAAACUUUAACUGAUUUUGGGAUUAAAGCUUCUAGAUUUUAUUUUUCUUGCUCUAGCUGAGGCUUAGAGACAAAAGUUUGGCAAAGGUUUCUUAGUGUGCCAUUUCGAGUAUGUGUCUCAAAAACCAUUAUAUGCUACCUCUUGAAAUGUUGCA